CUUGUGAAACGAAGAAAUAACAAUAUUUUGUUGUCUUUAGACCAACAGUAAUCCGCACGGAACCGUGGGAGUAGCCACGGCUUUUUAAUUAAAAUGCUGGAACAACCAGCGCUCCCUGUCGAUAUUUCAGAAAUAGUGAGUUAUGCCGUGGUUCAAUGCCAUUUUGGUGAUUAUUGAUAUUUGGUCAUUUUUGUUUAACUAACUCUUAUUUAUAACCAGUGCUGGUAUAAAAUCACCCGUGUCUGCAAAUUCGGCCCCGUAUUCGUGUACCAAUGAGUGCACUGAUACUAUCUCUACUAUAGGAAACAAAAGUGUGUGUAGUGAUAUAGGAAUAGUGUUUAUUGAAACCUGAGUGAAAAGCUCAUUGUGUCGGUAAAAAUCUUCUUAAUCAUGAUUAACGAUUGCUUGAAUAACUCAAAACCCUUCCUAAUUACUCGUUUGAGGUAGCGAAGCUCUUGCAUUUGCUAAGAAUUAUAUUACCGGCCCUCAAAUGAUUAUUGAAUGGCGGCUAAUUCGAAUUCGCAUGUAAACAAAACAUUAGCAAUUUUGUCCACAAAUGAGCAAAUUAAACCAUUGUGAAAAUGUCGUAUGGACAAAUAUAAAGAACACUCAUUGGUGCUACUACAAAUUUGGCAGCUUCUUAAACAGUCCUUGUAGGAACAGAUCUGUCAAAUGCAUCAGUGUUAGCAAAUAGAGUAUCUACAAGACUACUUCCUAAGUUAUGGACCCCGUACUACAGAGACUUGGUGAUGUUACGAUACAAAGGCUCGAAAAACCGAAAGAACCCAAGAUGGGACCUCAAAGUCUCGCUAUGGAGAAACCCAAAGAGAAUAAAGAUGAAAUGCACAGUAGUUUUGAUGAGGACAGUGGAGAUGAUAUGCCCAUUCCAGGCUUGAAGAGGCCGUUUAUGCCAUCUAAUGAGAUUUCUAUGAAAAAGUUUAAGUUUGGACCAGGAGAUUUAAUGCUAGGCAAAAAACCUGAUGAUCUGAGUGAACCUGAGAUGUCAGAUUAUGAUUCAGAAUCAGAAUUAGAUUAUUCUGAAGACGAACCACCAGAAAUGGCAAUGAACAAGGCCCUCAUUCAUAAAAAACCUAUGAUGCCCAAUAAGGAUUUCAUGGCUUCCCACUCACAACUUCCUUCCCAAAUACCUAGUGUCUCGGAUGACGAGGUUAGUGAUGAAUCUAAUUUUCUUGAGAAGUUAGUUCAGCAAAGUGCACCCGAAGACCUUCCCCCUCCCAUGCCACCCACUCCCAUUGUUUCUAGCUCGAGUACAAUCAGUGAACCUAGUACGUCAGUUAAACAAGAACCUGGUACCGAAGAAGAUUAUGAUAUAGAUAUUAAAGAGAAGUUGAAAGAGAUGGGUGAGAUUAGUUUUGAAACUGUAAAGAAGGGGGAGAAGCCUAAAAAGACUGAAGUAGCUGUAGAGAAUGAAGUUGUGGUCACCACUAAGAAGCUAGGUGUUGACAUAGAGGAAAUUCCUGGGUUACCCAAAGGUAUUGCCUUGAGAAGAAACAUUCGUGAAGUAAUGGACGAAACCAAACUGGACGAAUCAACGUUAGCUGCUCAAAGACAGGAAGUAGAACGUCUGAGAAGAGUUCAAGAGCAACAAAGACUUCUGAGAGAACUUCAGAGACAAGCUGCUCAGGAAAGAAUGCAAAAUAGAGUUAUAUCCAUGCUACAGGGCAAUCAGUUUACAAAACCUGGUACAUCAAAUCAAACAAGAAUAGGCAACACUGUAUUGGUAAAACUACCAAAUGGCCAAACCAAACCGAUGACUCGUAUCCCAAAACGCCCCUUCGAGUUGCUGAGAGUACCCAAGAACUCUUCACAGCAACCGAUGAGCGCUCCUCGAUCAAGAAGCCUGGUAACUGCCAAGAAAAUACCCAGUGGUCCCGACCUAACACCUUCGGUGAGCAUUGCUCCUGUGGCAAAGAAGAUGAUGCCGCCGAUGAUGCACAGGCAUAGUGACAGCGAUAGCGAGAGUGACGAACGGAAAAUCAUGUCUCCUCCAUUAGCGCACAAACCUAAAGCUAAACCACCUGUUCAGACAAUAGACAUAUCGUCAGACGAUGAUUGUAUAGUAGUGUCCGAACCAGAGGAGGAAGAGGAAGAAACUGAUCACGACGACCCGACCAAUUCUGGUUUGCAUACGAAUGAUCAAUUUAACCAACCUGACGAACAAGGAAGGGUGCUGGUGAAUGUGGGGCAUCCAGAAGGCGAACCUGACGUAUUUGUCGCACCGCAGAUAUCUAGGAUUAUCAAACCACAUCAGAUUGGAGGCGUUAGAUUCCUGUACGAUAACGUGGUUGAAAGCACUAGUAGGUUUGAAAGUUCCUCAGGAUUCGGCUGCAUUCUGGCCCAUUCCAUGGGUUUAGGAAAAACCCUACAGAUCGUCACAUUCUGUGAUAUCUUCCUGAGGCAUACCUCUGCGAAGACGAUUCUCUGCAUUAUGCCUAUAAAUACGUUACAGAACUGGAUGGCAGAAUUCAAUAUGUGGAUUCCGUUGGAGGAUAAUGCUCCAAACAGCCCACUUGCUGCUCACGGUGAAGUCAGACCACGGUUCUUCAACAUACUGGUAUUAAAUGACAGCCACAAAACCCUAGUAGCUCGAGCGAAAGUUAUACAUGAAUGGAGGUCAAAGGGAGGAGUUCUUUUGAUCGGAUACGAACAAUUCAGAUUGUUGAGUCAGAGAAAAAUGCCGAAAUCUAGGAGGAAGAUUAACCCAGAGAUAGAUGAUGACCGGAACAGUAAAUUGUUUGAUGACGUACAUACAGCGUUAGUAAAGCCCGGUCCAGAUCUAGUCAUCUGUGACGAAGGCCAUCGCAUCAAAAACUCCCAUGCUUCAAUAUCACAAGCUCUCAAACAAAUGGAAACCAAACGUCGUGUCGUUUUAACCGGCUACCCACUACAAAACAACUUGAUGGAGUAUUGGUGCAUGGUAGACUUCGUCAGACCGAACUAUCUCGGUUCCAAAACCGAGUUUUGCAACAUGUUCGAACGGCCUAUAAUGAACGGUCAGUGCAUAGACUCAACAGAAGCUGAUAUUAAACUUAUGCGGUACCGUGCUCACGUACUUCACUCAUUACUGCUAGGUUUUGUCCAACGACGAUCUCAUCUUGUGCUACAAACCGCUCUACCGCAGAAAGAAGAGUAUGUUCUUUUAGUUAGGAUGACGCCAUUCCAAAGAACCUUAUACGAAACGUUCAUGAACGAAGUGGUGAGAAUACAAGCUGUGCCAAAUCCUCUUAAAGCGUUCGCAGUGUGUUGUAAGAUCUGGAAUCAUCCAGACGUGCUUUAUAACUUCCUGAAGAAGCGUGCUGGCUGUGCAGACGCUGUGGAUAUUGAUUUGGAAGAAGUGGGAGGCGCUCCCAUCACGAAAGCAACACCAAACGAAAAACCUCCACCGAAGUCUAAAAGGAAAGCGCCAGCGAAAGGCAAAAAUGGGAAACCAGCUGCUUCUGUAACGCCUUACAAUAGCACCUCUGAAGGAGCUGUUCCUCCAGUCAGUACGGUAGCUAGCAGCUUUCCUACUAGUACUGCACCAAUUACAUCGUUUAGUAAUGCUUUGGCUCAACAGCAAGGGAAACCAAAAAUCCAACAGUCUACGUCGAGCCAGGAGUCUACCACAAUCCAAGAUAUUUCCAACAAUUUUCCCGAUACAAUCUUGCAGCCUUACUACGAUCAGGAGUUCGAUCAAAACGCACAGUUUCCAUCUUCGUUCCCCAAUAGCAAUAACUAUUCUUAUCCCAGUGGCUCAAACUCAAACAGUGAAUACAAUAGCGGUUUUAAUUUGUCAGAGCAAACUCAGAAAACGAGUUUCCUGAAUUUAGACACGCACAAUUCUACACCCACUGCUCUUACCGGUCUCUCAUCAGAAAUCUCGUUAACUCCGCUGACUUCUAAGACGAAAGAACUUACCCUCAACAGUGGAGGUAGUACCUUAACGACGUUGACUAAUGUAACUAAUUCGAUAAACACUACUAGUGCGCUGACGCCUUUAAAGAACGCGUGUAAUAUGUUGAACUCGGUGGGUAGCAUUGCUGAUAGUGGAAAUAGCAGUUUGCAGACUGGAUCUGAGGAUAUUAUGGAGAUCGGUGGCAGGGAAACCAAGACUCAUUCGGCCUACAACCAAAAUCAGGAGCAUGGAGAAUAUACUCCCAAUUUAGAGAUUAACUCCAACUUCCAAAACGAUUACAACUACCAGCAAAACUUCGGAAGCUGGAACCAACCUCCGCCUCACGAGAACUACGACCAGCAGCACAGCGACUAUUUCGGUCCACCUAACAACCAGUUCAAUCCACACAUGGCCUCCUCUCCCAAUUCUUGGAUCAAGAAAGAAGAACCGAUAUCGCUCACACCUAUUCCCAAGAGCGAGAACAGCGUUGACAUUAAACCGAAGAUCAAUAUCAUAAGUGAUAUUAAGUUGCCAUCAGUAUUUAAUACCGCGCCCGAGAAGAAAAUCAACAUUAUCAGUGACAUUAAAAUUGAGCCGAAAACCGAAGGUUACGAUAAAUACGACGUCAAACCCAACUCCUUGCAUUCCUUUCCGUUGCUUCCCACGAUCAAGUCCGAAUUCAACAAUGAGAUUAAAACUGAGGUGAAAACCGAGUUUAAGACUGAACCCAAGACGGAGAUUAAGAGCGAGGAGGAGAUUAAAGAGGAAAAACUGCCACCACCUGUACAGGAAAAUCCGUUUGCUAAGUUAAACCCAGCGGCCUUUAAGGACUCCAAGGAAGACAGUGGUAUUCCCUAUGACUGGGCGAUCGAGCUAUUAAAAGAAUACACACCAGGCUGUAUAGAAAAUUCUGCCAAAAUGGGAAUAUUGUUUUGUAUCAUACGGGAAAGCAUAGCUUUAGGUGAUAGACUGUUAGUUUUUAGUCAGUCUUUAAUAACGCUAGAUUUGAUCGAGCAGUUCCUCCAGAUGAGCCAAGUGCCAGGCGAGACCUUCAACUGGGCGAAAAAUAGCAGCUACUAUCGAUUGGAUGGUUCAACUAGUGCUCUUGAAAGAGAAAAACUCAUCAACGAAUUUAAUUCGAAUCCCAAGAUCCACUUGUUUUUAGUGUCGACCAGAGCUGGAUCUCUCGGUAUCAACUUGGUGGGAGCCAACAGAGUGGUCGUUUUAGAUGCUUCUUGGAAUCCUUGUCACGAUACGCAAGCAGUCUGCAGAGUGUAUAGAUACGGCCAGAGGAAACCGUGCUUCGUCUAUAGAUUAGUCGUCGAUAAUUGUUUGGAAAAGAAGAUCUACGAUCGUCAAAUAAACAAACAAGGUAUGUCCGAUAGGGUUGUUGAUGAAUGCAAUCCAGAUGCUCAUCUCACCAUGAAAGACGUUAGUACACUCUGUUGGGAUGACAAAAUGGACGAGGGAGAAGUAAAAGACUGGGCUGCAGUCAAAGAUAACUAUAUAGAUGUAGUACUGCAGAAAGUUCUCCAAAAGCAUGGCAAGACGUUAAACAAAGAACCAUUCCAACACGAAUCUCUUCUAGUCGACAGAAAAGAGAAGCAGUUGUCACAGCAGGAAAAGAGACUGGCCAAGAAAGGCUACGAACGAGAGAAGCAAGCAUCACGACAACCUACCUAUAGUUUGAUGGGCGGGGCAAGAGGUCACAGGCCAGUAGCAUCCGUCAGGCCGAUGCAGCAAGGGGAAAGACCUUCAAGGUGGAUUCCAGCUGAACAUUGGCAGCGACAAGGAAUGACUGCUCAAGAAAUGACACUUCCUUUAGACGUAGUAAUCCCUACGAAUCAACCCGAAAAGGGUAACAUAGUCUUAAAGGCUGGACAGAAGGUUCUCGUCCUUAAAUCUCCAAAGGGGGUAUAUAUGCAAUUAGAAAGUGGAAAGAUAGUUGCGAUCAAGACUGCAACGAAGUUCAAAGGUAAGGCCGACGACAUCGCAGACACGUCUAAGGUGUCAAAACCGCCUCUUUUGCCACUGGGUAUCAAAGGAAAUCCUUCUCUUUCAGUGGUACCACAAAAAAGACCACCGGUCAAGCCUUUCGCACCAAGUACUGCCAAAUUUGGUGGUGUUCCGAGUGUAAAACAGUCGGUUCCUAACUUGGUGUCAAGGAUGCGUGCCACGAAUAAGAAGUUACCAAUGGGAAAAGCAAGACCUCCGCAUAUUGGUAACGAACUAGCGAAAUCCAUGGCAAUUUCAAAAGACGAUGGCUUCCCGAUGGGUAGCGGGGACGACGAACCCAAAGAACCUCCAAUGAUGCACCAUCACCCUCUAGAACGCACCAAAAGGCUGCCAAUACCUCAUCCGCCUCAUCCUGUUCAUCCACCACACCCUCAGGAAAACAGCGACGACGACAUUGAAAAGAGAAUAUCGUUAUUGAAGAGGAACAUUUCGAUACAGAGGGUGGGAUCGAAGCAGCCUCCUCAGCCUGUGCAACAACCGGCGCCGCCUCCUCCUGUUCAGCCGCCUCCACCUCCCGUUGUGGACGAAGAGGAAGAGAGGGAGGAAAGUAGUCCGGAUAAUUCGGCAGUGGAGCAGAUGGAUCAUAGUAAUUCGUCGCUGUUAGGUGAUAGUACUCCCUUCCAGGAUACCUUAGAUAGUAUAACCAGUGCAUAUCAGGCCACAAACGAUGACAACCUAGAAUCGUACGAAGACGAUGAAAUUUCAGAACAUUCGGAUCAAAAACAUCACGAACAAAGUGAAAUAAGCGACCAUAGCGACGACGUAACAUACGUAUCAGACCAGUCGCCCAAUUCUCAGUACCAUCCCCAAACAUCCACUUCCCAACAAGCAGCACCAGCUGCAACGGAUCCGCCGAAGACGGAAGGUCAAGAAUAUGGCAACUAUAAUAACUAUUACAAUUACCAAGCGCCGCCGUACCACGCUCCACCCCCGCCGCAGGGUUACGCCUACCCGCAGCCGCCGCCCCAACCGUACGACAUGAUGUAUCCGCCGCAACCGCAACAGCAUCAGUACAACUAUGGAUAUCAAGGAUAUCCACCGCCGCCUCAGCCUCAUUACCCUCCUCAUCCGCCGCCCCCUCAACCUGGGUACGACUACAGCGGACAAGCGCCUCCAGCGCAACCAAUGUACGCUGGAUACCAACCGUAUCCGGCGCAAUAUCCACCGCCGCCUCCACCGCAAGGUAUGUACCCACCCCCUCCGGCCGGGACACCCGCCGCUCCCCCUUACAGUGACUAUCAGCAGUACGCUCCGCCUAUAAACAAUGUUGCUCCACCUCCUGCGCAGUAUUAUCCUAAUUCUUAAGGGAAAUAUUUUAAAUUGUUAUAGACCAGUCGAUUUAGGUGAAAAUACAGUCGAAUUUGAAUGAGUUUUAAAACAAUCGGUUUGUAUAUUACUGUUUUAUAUUAUGAUUUAAGCGAAAAAUAUCUUUAUAUUGUAUGGACCUAGAAUUUUAACAAUAUAAGUUUUAUGUUUACAA